UCCCAAUCCAGUUAGUUAGAUGCCGCCAUGGCCAACACAGAAACUGUAUUUCUCGCCCUCACGGCCGGAAUGGGAAUUCUGGUGACUCUCGUCACACAUUACAGGCUCUAUCAGGACCUGGAGACUAUGCGUUGGCGCUUAAAGGUAUUAUCCCUGACGGUGAAGGACACUUUUGGACAGCCCAUAAGCUUAAACCAAUUCGCGGGCCAAGUCCUGCUGGUCGUGAAUAUAGCUUCCAGAUGCGGUCUCACCUCUUCCCAAUAUGCUGGCCUACACGAACUAAGGGAAAAAUAUGAGGAACGUGGCCUGAGCAUCCUGAACUUUCCUUGCAACCAAUUCGGAGCACAGAUGCCAGAGUCGGAUGGCCGGGAAAUACUGGAGCAUCUCCGCCAAAAGAAGGCUAAUAUAGGCCAUAUUUUUGCAAAAAUCAAAGUAAAUGGCCGCAAUGCAGAUCCCCUGUACAAGCUACUCACCCGAAAAGCUCCGCGGAUAGAGUGGAAUUUUGUCAAGUUUCUGAUCGAUCGGAAGGGAAAUAUCUAUGGCCGGUAUGGCGCAGAAAAGAAGCCAGCUGUCCUGGUAAAUGACAUUGAGAGGUUGCUGCUGGAAGCCAAAUAAAUAUGAGAAACACCAGCAUUUUUA